AUGAACAAACACCAACACGCCACCUUGCGACUGACGCCUUCCCACUCGUCCUUCUUCAAAUCCUCCACCCCUCGAUCGCCCGUCAAAGCCAGCAGAUGUGAAGAGCCGGGCUUGCGAUUGCAGAAGGUCAUCGGGACAACAACCGCUAGCACCACUGGCUUCGAUGCCCUGCCGUCUACGAGUCAGUUCGCCUUCACCGCGGGCGCUGCUGCUGUGCUCGCAAAGGUCGAUGAGAAUCUACAUGUCACGCAGAGCUUCUUUCGAGCGAACCCGGGCAUUGCCGUGCAGACGCGCGACGGUAAUGGCGCAUGGCCUGCGACACCCACGCCAACAGAGCCACGGCACAGAACAGUGGGCAACCUGAAAGACCGUGGUGACAAUCGCUCGCCUAUCAGCUCUGCGAAUCGAGACUGGUCCGAUUCUCCCGGAAGAACAAUAUCUGCAAAGGACCGAGUGAAGGCAGCUACUUCGGUAGCAAUAAGUCCAAAUGGCAAGUGGCUUGCCGUCGGUGAGACAGGCUAUCGACCUCGUGUCUUGGUCUUCUCCGCGAAGGAUGCUUCCUCAGAUACACCUGUUUGCGCAAUGGCUGAGCACACUUUCGGCGUACAUGCAUUGAGGUUUAGUCCUGAUUCCAAAUACCUUGCAUCGCUAGGAACGGUCAACGAUGGCUUCCUAUACAUCUGGACUAUCGACGAACGAACUGGCGCGGCUUCGCUGCUUGCCAGCAACAAGUGCACCACAGUGAUCCAUGCAAUGGCAUGGCUCGGCCGGAGCAUUAUCAUAGCCGGACUGAGGUUUGUCAAAGUCUUCCGACCUGACGAUGAUCUUUCAGCCGAUGUGCGAAGCGGCGACACAGUGCGAGGAAACUCUCUGACCACGCCGCGAGCUCGCAUCGAUAAUCGAUCAUCUGACUUUGGAAACAGCAUCUUAAGCCCGAAGCACCGUGCAUUGGCAGGGAAGAAUAGCCUACUGGGCGAUCUGCUAGACGCUACAUUUACCUGCAUUGUUCCAGUGUCCGACUGCAAAGCUUUCGUCUGUGCCGACUCUGGUGAGAUAUGCUUGCUGGACGACACUGCGAAGAUGCAGACACUCACGACCACUGCAAAUGCCGGCAUCCGGAUCACAGCUGCUCGUGUUGAGGAAGAUGCAAUGCUCUAUGUCGCUGGAGACUGCGAAGAAUCUGCCAGCUUCGCGAUAUCUGAUCUGGAGUGUCAACCCAGCAGCCCUAUCAGGUCGCGACCGAACUCAGCUUCUCCUACGAAAGCGUCCAUAAGAAGUGGACCGGCGAUAGUGGCGCUGGCCACGCUCGACAACGCGGUUGUUGAGGUCACUUCUGACCAUGUCAUCCGAUUGACGAACGGCCAUGGCGUUGACGACAAGACAAACAUGACUACAAGGCAGCUCCCAGCUCAUGAAGACCCCGUCCUUGGCGUCCAGCCGCUGGAGUCCUCACAUAUGCCAAACGCAUCAUUCAUAACGUUUUCGGCGAGGGGUACCGUCCACAUCUGGGACCAGGAUGGCGUCUCGGUCGCAGCAGCACUUUCGUUGCCGAUCGAGGACUCUCCAGAAAUGUACGGCUUGCAGAACGAAUUGAAGGCGGUCACGACACUCUAUAAGGGCAGCUUGCUUGUAUCUGGUGACAAGUAUGGGUCGCUGGCUGUGUUGGACAUGCAGGCGCGACGCCUAGCUCACCAGAUCCGAGCACACUCCGCUGAAGUUCUCGAUUUGCUGGCUUUUGAGCGCGACAACACCAACUACUUGGCUUCUGCGAGUAGAGACCGAACGGUUCAACUUUUCAGAAGUCGAGACGGUCGCCUAGACCUCGUACAGACCAUGGAUGAGCAUGCAGGCGCUGUGACCGGGCUGCUUAUCACCAGGAGCGGCGACCAGCUGCUAUCGUGCUCAUCGGAUCGUUCCAUUGUGAUCCGUAAAGCUAUGGCGCGUGAGGUAAACGGAUCGUCGACAUUGGCGUUCGUCAUGCUCAGAGCAAUAGCCAUCAAGACGACCAUUACCAGCAUGGCUCUGACCGGAGAAGAGAAUGUGAUCCUAGCUUCGUCGUCCGAUCGUUGCAUAGGCAAGUACAGCAUCAAAAGCGGCCAAGCCGGGUUUGCAUUCAAGUGCUCUGACAAUGAAAACGGCGAAGCGGUCAUCAUGUCCAAGAUAUCCUACGCCUCCAACUUCAACGGCAACCCAGUCAUCGCAGGCAUCUCCAGCAGUGACAAGUCACUGCGCCUAUACUCCGAAUACGGCAGCUUGAUAGCGAGGGACUGGGGUCAUACCGAAGGUGUCACGAACAUGACAUUCUUGCCAGUCGCCACCACAGAAAUAGAUCAAUCGCCAGUUCCACGGAUCGUGACCGUGGCCGCAGACUCGACUGUGUUCCUCUGGGCUGGUGUGGCGCCAGGAGGCCGCCGAUCGAGCCAGAACCUUCCUGGCAGCGACGAGGAGAAGCCCAAGAAUCUGGCUCCGCUGGGACCUCCAUUAAGAAGGGUGCUUUCGCACUCUGAGAUGAACAGAUUUCGACGAGAAAGUUCGGUUGAGGAGCUAGGCUCUCCUUCGCCGCCGGCUGCGACAGUACCUCCAGUCUCGCCGCCGAAGGUACGGAAGAAGACAUCUAGGCUAUCCCUCGCUCAAGCACCCAAGCUCGAGCCCGGUCAUCGAUCGAACUUUGACACAUCACGCCGAAGGAGUCUUAUGCAACGGUCGCCGUCACCUCCCAGCCCAAGGACUACUAGCAAGAGAGAUAUCACCAAACGGCAAACACUAGGCAUGUCGAUACGGUCGAAGAGCAGCGAUAACGUGCUCAACGCUGGCGUUUCCUCCAACGGCCAUGUCAGUGGGUUCGGCAGCCUUACAUCCUCCACAGAGUCUGUCUGUCGAACAUUACGUGCUUAUCGCAGAAAGCUCGCAUCGCCGAACACCGGCAACGACAUAGCACCAGCAGCAUUCCGAGAGCUGGAGAAGGAGCUCAAGUUGACUGUUCGCGCAAUAGGCGAGAAGUCACAGGGCAAGGGCGUGGAUGAAGCCAUCUUGGCGAAGCUACUCGACCAAGCAAGUGAUCGGCUGGUGGGCAUACUCGACCAGAAAUUCAAAGCUCGUGUGGACAGUCCGUCACGUAACGGAACCGAUGAUCAGUCUCCUUCGAGUAACGGGCGACUCGAGCCUCCAGCCGAGCUUGAGGAACCGAUCGAGGAACGCAUUGAGCGUUCUGAUACAGCGCCAGGAGCGCUUGAGACUCGAGCGAAUCGUUCAUAA